AUGGAAAACGCUGACUGGCCGGGGCCAUCUUUCCAGUCACAGCAGGUCUCUGGCAGCUACCCGCCAGGCUCACACCCUCCUCCAGGAGAAGAGACGAGGGUGGCGCUGCGGGCGCAUGCCCCAGACACGCCCUAUGAAAAUCGCUCCAGGGAUCGGUCACCGAACUUAGUCUUGCGCGCCGCUGGCCAGGUCCGUGCGACAGGUCCCACUUCCCCGCCCGAGUGGGGUCUCGCUGGGCUCCCUCCGCGAUCCCCUCCUAUGCCUUGGAAUGUUCCAGAGGGUCGGUUUCCUGUGCGGGUGAAUUCGGCGCCCAGCGCCUCUCCUCUGCCUCCUCCCUCCCCGCUGCCCGGACACCCCAGGUCGCUCUGUCCCCGCCACACUCUCAUCGCCCCCGCGCGCCCGGGAGCAGUCUCCCCGCCCCGCGCCGCUGCCCUAGGGCUCCCGGCGCCCCGCAGCCAGGCCCCCGCUGCGCCUGCUGCCCCAAGAGCCGUGUCCGCCAGAGUCCCCGGGGCCAUGAAUCUCUGCGCUAUCUCCCGCCGCCCCACCGGUGCCGCUGCGGCGCUGGGGCUCGGUAGCGUCUUGAUGCUGCUCGGGCCGGGACGCGCGUGCCCUGCGGGCUGUGCCUGCACCGAUCCCCACACCGUGGACUGCCGUGAUCGCGGGCUGCCCAGCGUGCCCGAUCCCUUCCCCCUGGACGUGCGCAAGCUGCUAGUGGCCGGCAACCGAAUCCAGCAGAUCCCCGAGGACUUCUUCAUCUUCCACGGAGACCUGGUCUAUCUGGAUUUCAGGAACAACUCGCUGCGCUCGCUGGAGGAGGGCACGUUCAGCGGCUCCGCCAAGCUGGCCUUCCUGGACCUGAGCUACAACAACCUCACCCAGCUGGGCGCCGGCGCCUUCCGCUCGGCGGGGAGGCUGGUCAAGCUGAGUCUGGCCAACAACCACCUGGCCGGUGUGCACGAAGCCGCCUUCGAGAGCCUGGAGUCGCUGCAGGUGCUGGAACUCAACGACAACAACCUGCGCAGCCUCAACGUGGCAGCUUUGGAUGCGCUGCCCGCGCUGCGCACUGUGCGCCUGGAUGGGAACCCCUGGCUAUGCGACUGUGACUUCGCCCACCUCUUCUCAUGGAUUCAAGAGAACGCAUCCAAACUGCCCAAAGGCCUUGAUGCCAUCCAGUGCUCACUGCCCAUGGAGGACCAGAGGGUGGCCCUGCGGGAGCUGUCAGAAGCCAGUUUUAGUGAGUGUAAGUUCAGCCUGUCCCUCACAGACCUAUUCAUCAUCAUCUUCUCGGGGGUGGCUGUGUCCAUCGCCGCCAUCAUCUCCAGCUUCUUCCUGGCCACUGUGGUACAGUGUUUCCAGAGGUGUACCCCUAACAAGGACACAGAUGAUGAGGACGAUGAUGAGGAUGACUGA